CAUAUCACUUAAUUAACAAGUCUCAAAACAGGCACAACAUGGGAAAACUUACGCUUUACGGAAUCGAUGGAAGUCCCCCAGUCCGCUCGGUGCUCCUCACCCUCAGGGCCUUGGGCGUGGAGUUCGAGUACAAGGUCGUCAACCUGCUGGAGAAGGAGCACCUGAAGCCGGAGUUCCUCAAGAUAAACCCAUUGCACACUGUGCCGGUCCUGGACGAUGAUGGCUUCGUCCUGAUCGACAGCCACGCCAUCAACUCCUACCUGGUGGGCAAGUAUGGCAAAGACGACUCCCUGUAUCCCAAGGAUCUGAAGAAGCGAGCCAUUGUGGAUCAGCGUCUGCACUACGACUCCAGUGUGGUCACGUCCACUGGAAAAUCCAUUUUAUUCCCGCUCCUUUGGGAGAACAAGACGGAGAUCCCACAGGCCAGAAUCGAUGCCCUCGAAGCUGUGUACAAGAACCUGAAUCUGUUCCUGGAAAGCGGCGACUACCUGGCCGGAGACAACCUGACCAUUGCCGAUUUCCACAUCACCGCCGCCCUCACCGCAUUUCUGGUCUUCCUGCCAUUGGAUGCCACCAAGUAUCCCAAACUGGCCGCCUGGGACCAGCGCAUCAAGGAGCUGCCCUACUACGAGGAGGCCAAUGGUUCCCGGGCCACCCAAGUCGUCGAGCUCAUCAAGAGCAAGAACUUUACAAUUGCCUAAGAGUCUAAGACUAAUGUUAAAUACUCAAAAUAAAUUAUUACAAAUCAUACCAAAACAAA